AGGAUGCUGGGCUGGGUCCAGAGGGUGCUGCCUCAGCCCCCAGGGACACCAGUGAAGACCAAGAGAGAGGAGGAGGAGGGGACAGAACCGGAACCAGAGCCAGAGUUGGAGCCGGAGCCUGAAACAGCCCCUGAGGAGACUGAGCUAGAGGAAGAGUCCCUGCCACCUGAGGAGGCCUGCGUGGGGAAGGAAGUGGCUGAGGCUGAUCCGGGCCCUCAGGAAACCCAGGAGGCUGCCCCUUCUCCACCCACAUCCCUCCAGGCUCAGGUCGCUGUGGUUCCAGAAGCGAACAGUGUUCCCAGCAGCCGGGUCCUGACCUGGCUCAGAAAGGGUGUGGAGAAGGUCGUCCCGCAGCCUGUCCACAGUGGCAGGCCUGCCCAGAGCACCGCUGGUGGCUUGGAGGGUCCAGCUCAGCAGGCAGGAGGACAGAUCCUUGGGCACUGCAGCACUGGGGGCUCAGAUGGACACUGUGAGGCCCCCAGGGCCCAAGACACCGGGCCCGGGCCCUGGCUGCUCAGGUGGCUUGAGCAGAAUCUGGAGAAUAUGCUGCCUCAGCCUCCGAAAACCUCCGAGGGCUGGAGAGAUGAGCCUGCAGAUGCUGCCUUGGGUCCAGAGCCCCCAGGACCCCCCUUGGAGAUGGAGCCCGUGCCGCAGGCCCAGGAGAGCCCCUCCCUGCCUGCUUCUGCCCCCGCGAAGCCUGAGGAGGAGCCGACUCCAGAGCCCCAGCCCGGCAUCCAGGCCUCCUCCCUGCCGCCCCGCCAGGACUCUGCCAGGUUGAUGGCAUGGCUCCUGCACAGGCUGGAGAUGGCCCUGCCACAGCCAGUGAUCCGUGGGAAGGCUGGGGAGCAGGAGCCUGACUCCCCUGUGACAUGUGACGUACAAAGCAUCAGCAUCCUCCCGGAAGAGCAAGAGGAGCCCAGUCUCAUCCUAGAAGAUGUUGGCCCUCACUGGGAGGAGGAUGAGCACCAGGAGGUCAGCAGCAGCCCGCAGGGCUCAGAGGCAGCUCCAGCUGAUGAAGAGGAGAGCGCGGUGGUGGAGCAGAUGCCCAGGGAGCUGCCUCAGAUUCAAGAGGAGAAAGAAGACGAGGAGGAGGAAGAUGGAGAGGAGGAGGACGGAGAGCCUCUCCAGAGCCAGGAUGUUCUCAUUAACAGUCACAGUGUCCUGCUGGAUAGCUGUCUGGAGGCGCAGGGUGGCGAGGACCAGAGUGAAGUAGGCGAAACUGAGCACCAGAGCGCUUCACACCAGGAGCUGCAGGAGGAGGCCGUGGCCGCCAGCUCAGGAGAUUCCCCUGCCCCCAGCACCAUGGCUAAACCAGGCCGGGACAUGGAGCUGAAUCGCCUGGUCCAGGACCAGCCACCUGGCCAAGUGACCCCCGGGCUUGCUCCCCCAAACCUGGUGGAGCACCUCCCCAAUGUGCCCAGCUACCACCCCCUGAUCACCCGCAUCCCUGUCCUCAUCUCCCGGAGGACAGCCUUGUCCAACUCCAGCUUCGCCAAGGAGACCAGGAGCUCCAUCCGUCGCCUAGUACCUGCCACGGAAGAGCACCCGGAAGUGCAGGUGGAAGACGCUGAUGCUGACAGCCAGCCCCUCAACGAGGAGGAGAAUCCACCCUCUCCUGUGCCGCUGCCCCCAUCUCCUGCCAAAUCCGACACACUUGGGGUCCCAGGAUCAGCCACAGAGAGCCUCAGGAAGACGCUGUGCUCCCAAGAUGAUGAGGCUGAAGAGCUCAAGAUGCUGUCACCGGCUGUAUCCCCCGUGGUCGCUUGGUCGGACCCCACCAGCCCGCAGGGCACUGAUGACCAGGACCGCACAGCCUCCACAGCCAGCCCAACCGGUGCCCUCAUCAACGACCGGCUCCAGGAGCUGGUGAAGCUUUUCAGGGAGCGGACGGAGAAGGUGAAGGAGAAGCUCAUCGACCCUGAUGUCAGCUCUGAUGAAGAGAGCCCCACGCCCUCCCCAGCCAAGAAAGCCCCAGAACCGGCCCUGGAUGUGAAGCCAGCUGAAGCGGGGCAGGUGGAGGAGGAACACUAUUGUGAAAUGCUCUGCUGCAAGUUCAAACGCCGCCCCUGGAAGAAGUACCAGUUUCCUCAGAGCAUCGACCCGCUGACCAACCUGACGUACAUCCUGUGGCUGUUCUUCGUGGUGCUGGCCUGGAACUGGAACUGUUGGCUGAUUCCCGUGCGCUGGGCUUUCCCCUACCAGAUGCCGGACAACAUCCAUCUCUGGCUGCUGAUGGAUUACCUGUGUGACCUCAUCUACCUCCUGGACAUCACCCUGUUCCAGCUUCGUCUGCAGUUUGUCAGAGGCGGGGACAUCAUUACAGACAAAAAGGAGAUGCGCAACAAUUAUCUGAAAUCUCAGCGCUUUAAGAUGGAUAUGCUCUGCCUCUUGCCCUUGGACUUUCUCUACUUGAAAUUCGGUGUGAAGCCCCUGCUGCGCUUGCCCCGCUGUUUGAAGUACAUGGCCUUCUUCGAGUUUAACGACCGCCUGGAAUCCAUCCUCAGCAAAGCCUACAUUUACAGGGUUAUCAGGACCACAGCCUACCUGCUCUACACUUUACAUGUGAACUCAUGUCUGUAUUACUGGGCUUCAGCCUAUGAGGGCCUUGGCUCCACUCACUGGGUUUACGAUGGCAUGGGAAACAGUUACAUUCGCUGUUACUACUGGGCUGUGAAGACCCUCAUCACCAUCGGCGGCCUGCCCGACCCCAAGACGCUCUUUGAAAUUGUCUUCCAGGGUCUGAACUAUUUCACAGGUGUCUUCGCUUUCUCCGUGAUGAUCGGACAGAUGAGAGACGUGGUGGGGGCCGCUACUGCGGGAGAGACCUACUACCGCAGCUGUAUGGACAGCACAGUGAAGUACAUGAACUUAUACAAGAUCCCCAGGUCCGUGCAGAACCGGGUCAAGACCUGGUAUGAGUACACCUGGCACUCCCAAGGCAUGCUGGACGAGUCAGAGCUGAUGGUGCAGCUUCCAGAUAAGAUGCAGCUGGACCUCGCCAUCGAUGUGAACUAUGACAUCGUCAGCAAAGUGGCGCUCUUCCAGGGCUGUGACCGGCAGAUGAUCUUUGACAUGCUGAAGAAGCUUCGCUCUGUUGUCUACCUGCCCAACGACUACGUGUGCAAGAAGGGGGAGAUAGGCCGGGAGAUGUACAUCAUCCAAGCAGGGCAGGUGCAGGUUUUGGGUGGCCCGGAUGGGAAGUCCGUACUGGUGACGCUGAAAACUGGAUCUGUGUUUGGAGAAAUAAGCUUGCUGGCUGUUGGAGGCGGGAACCGGCGCACGGCUAACGUGAUAGCCCACGGGUUUGCCAACCUCUUCAUUCUGGAUAAGAAGGACCUGAAUGAAAUUUUGGUGCAUUAUCCUGAGUCUCAGAAGUUGCUCCGGAAGAAGGCCAGGAGGAUGCUGAGAAAUAACAACAAGCCCAAGGAGCAGAGUGUACUCAUCCUUCCUCCACGGGCAGGCACCCCCAAGCUCUUCAGUGCCACCCUGGCUGCAGCAGGAAAGAUGGGUGCCAAGGGGGACAAAGAUGGCAAGCGUGCCCACCUCAGGGCGCGACUCAAGGAGCUGGCUGCGCUGGAGGCGGCUGCAAGACAGCAGCAGGUGCUGGAACAGGGCAAGAGCUCGGAAGACGCAGUGGGAGAGAUGGGAUCAGCUACCCCAAAACAGCCCGUGGCCCCGGAGACCCCGGCCCCAGGCUCUCUGCUACCUGCAUCCCAGGGGAGGUCUGAGGGAGAAGAGGGGGGUGCGGCCUGGCCCGAGGAGCACUCGGUGCGGAUCCACAUGAGCCCAGGCCCGGAUCCCGGCGAACAGACCCUGUUGGUGGAGAUCCCCGAGAAGGAGGAGAAGGAGGAGGAGAAGGAGAAGGAGAAGGAGGAGGAGGAGGAAGAGGAGGAGGGGGAGGAGGAGGGGGAGGGGGAGGAGAAGGAGGAGGGGGAGGAGAAGGAGGAGGGGGAGGAGAAGGAUGAGGGGGAUGGGGAGGAGGAGGGGGAGGGAGAGGAGGAGGAAGAGGAGGGGCAGGAGGAGGGGGAGAAGGAG